AUGCAAACCUUAUACAAGCUUGUACCAUGCUGCAAGCCCUUAUUUUUAGCUGUGUCAAUAAAGAACAACAUUACUUUGAAUGGACAUCCUGGACAGUUCCAACAAACAGGGAGGGUGGUGCUGGUGAGACAAAGAAAUAUGAUUGCAUCGCAAAAAGAUGGACAGGAUUGGUGGAAAAUUGAACCGAGAUACUCUUCUAAAGUUCUCAUUGGAAACUGGCUGUACGAGAGGCAAAGGUUUAUAAAAGACACCGGGAGCCUCGGCAGCAGCAUAUACAAAACAGACUUCAUUUGCUUCUCAGAUCACAAACCAGACCAAACACUAAGGAGAACCAUGAUGGAGAAAUUUGAGGGCCUGCCAAUACAGCACUUCUUCACCCAUCAUGAGGAACCAAGAAGCCGAAAUUUAGUAUCGGAAUAUGACGAUAAAUACAAUAGACAUGGUUACAACCCUGUGCUGCCUCCCCGCCGCAGCUGGAAUGGACACAAGCUUGCCUGGAUUCCUCAGAAAUCAGAUUUCCCCAUUCUUGAACCACCCACCAACUAUGGCCUUCUUGAUCACCUGAUGAAAAAAUGGCAUGAGAAAGAAGCUGGAGUGAUGAACAGUGUCUACACCAUUUCCUAUGAAAGCCCACCGAUUUCUGCUUUUGCUACUUGUCAACUGAGACAACCAGCUAAAACUCAUGGCCUUCACCGGGGACAUCUUCCCCAAAACGUUAGUAGAAUCCUGGGCUAUGAAGGAGGUCAGAAAUAUCUGCAAGCCAUCGGCCACCUGGUGAGAGACAGAAAAGCAACGGACACCUCUGUAUAA